UUUCUUGUUUUUCUGAAACAACAUCAUUUUGUUUGGUGUUUUGUAAGUUUUUUCGUAGUGUUAAUUUUAUCAAUUUAAUUAAUUGAAUUAUAAUUUUUUCGUUUGUUACUAGUGUUUAAUUAAUUUAAUUAAAAUGCCUCCCAAAAAGACACCAGCUCCAGAGGCUAAAUCAAAACCUGCAGCCAAGAAGGAACAACCUAAGGCCGGUGGUGGUGAUGCUGCUAAAUCUUCAGCGGGUUCAUCUAAAGCUCAACCAGGUAAAAGUGCUGCUGGACCAUCGAAAUCAUCAACAGCACCUAAAUCUGCUGCUGGUGCCGCUAAACCAGCCGCUGCCAAGGCUUCUGGAUCUAAACCAGCCCAACCAGCGAAAAAAGCUGCACCGGCCAAGAAAGCAGCACCAGCUAAGGCCACUGGUGUUAAACCCAAACCAGGAACCAAGCCUGCUGCUAAGACUACCACUGGUAAACCCGCUGCCAAGGGUGCUGCAACCAAGAGUAAAGCUCCAGCCCAAGGUAAAGGUAAAGCUGCUGCUACCAAGACCAAGUCCGCUGUUAAACCUGCAGGUAAAGGAAAACAACCAUCUAAAGGAAAGACAGUCUCAAAGUCUAAAUCGGCCGCCGCUGCUGCUUCAGCUAAAAUCAAGGCUAAGGCUAAGGCAUUAAAGACAGCCAAGAAGGUUACCAAGGGUGUUUACACUAAACGAGCAAGGAAGAUCAGAACAAGUGUCCAUUUCCACCGACCUUACGUUAAGCAUCUCCCAAGAAACCCUAAAUACGUUAGGAAAAGUGUACACAAGAGACCUAGAUUGGACAAAUUCUCCACCAUCAAGCAUCCAUUGACUACUGAAUCAGCCAUGAAGAAAAUUGAAGACCACAACACUCUUGUUUUCAUCGUAGACAUUAAAGCUAAUAAGCCACAAGUUAAGACAGCCGUCAAGAAAUUGUACGACAUCGGUGUCGCUAAAGUUAACACAAUGAUCCAACCUGAUGGUCAAAAGAAAGCUUAUGUAAGAUUAGGUCCCGAUUAUGAUGCAUUGGAUGUAGCAAAUAAGAUCGGAAUUAUAUAAUCUAUUUACUUUUUGGCUAUUCAAUUAAACUAAACGGUUAAUAACAACUGAAAA